AUGGUGCUCAAUUUGUUGUUCAUAACGACGGUGAUCAAAUCAACAUUCGGAGUGGUCACAACAGGACUAUGGCUAAUACCCUUAAUGUUGGCUGCCAUAACAUAUUAUCGCUACGAUGCCGUCGAUCCUGAAUCGCGACCAUUGGAUCAAUUGAAUCUGUGGCCAGAAUAUGAUUUCAUAGUCGUUGGCAGUGGAUCGGCUGGAGCGGUGGUGGCCAAUCGUUUGAGUGAGGUCCGAAAAUGGAAAGUUCUGCUUAUCGAAGCCGGUCCGGAUGAGAAUGAGAUAUCGGAUGUACCCUCAUUGGCGGCAUAUCUACAGUUGAGCAAACUAGAUUGGGCCUACAAGACGGAGCCCUCGAACAAAGCUUGCUUGGGCAUGCAGAACAAUCGCUGCAACUGGCCACGCGGACGAGUCCUGGGAGGAAGUUCGGUCCUUAACUACAUGCUCUAUGUGCGUGGAAAUCGUCACGAUUACGAUCAUUGGGCAGAACUGGGCAACACUGGUUGGGGUUUUGACAAUGUGCUGCAUUACUUUAAGAAAUCUGAGGACAAUCGCAAUCCCUAUUUGGCCCAUAGUCCAUACCAUGGUCGAGGUGGUUUACUCACGGUUCAGGAGUCGCCAUGGCAUUCCCCAUUGGUGGCCGCUUUCGUGGAAGCUGGCACUCAAUUGGGCUACGAUAACCGGGAUAUCAAUGGGGCACAACAGGCGGGCUUUAUGAUUGCUCAAGGCACAAUACGGCGAGGCUCGCGGUGUUCGACUGCCAAAGCCUUUUUGAGACCCAUUCGACAACGUAAGAAUUUCCAUCUCUCAAUGAAUUCGCAUGUGACGAGAAUAAUCAUCGAGCCGGGAACAAUGCGAGCCCAAGCGGUGGAAUUCGUUAAGCAUGGUAAGGUCUAUCGCAUAGCGGCGCGUCGGGAGGUCAUCCUAUCGGCUGGAGCGAUCAAUACACCGCAGCUGAUGAUGUUGUCUGGGUUGGGGCCAAAGAAGCAACUGGAGAAGCAUGGCAUACGUGUCCUACAGGAUCUCCCGGUUGGCGAGAAUAUGCAGGAUCAUGUGGGCAUGGGUGGUCUGACAUUUUUGGUCGACAAACCGGUGGCUAUUGUCCAGGAUCGUUUCAAUCCGACAGCUGUCACCUUUCAGUAUGUGCUGCGAGAACGUGGCCCCAUGACCACAUUGGGAGGGGUCGAAGGAUUGGCCUUCGUCCACACACCAUACUCGAAUCGCAGUAUCGAUUGGCCCGACAUACAAUUCCAUAUGGCUCCCGCCUCCAUUAAUUCUGACAAUGGGGCUCGAGUGAAGAAGGUAUUGGGUCUGAAGGAGUCGGUAUAUCAAGAAGUCUAUCAUCCCAUUGCCAACAAGGACAGUUGGACGAUAAUGCCUUUGCUAUUGCGACCACGAUCUCGAGGCACUGUCAAAUUGCGAUCGGCAAAUCCAUUUCAUUAUCCCCUAAUCAAUGCCAAUUACUUUGACGAUCAAUUGGAUGUCAAGACCUUAGUAGAGGGUGCCAAGAUAGCUCUCCGUGUGGCCGAAGCGCAGGUCUUUAAGCAAUUCGGUUCGAGAGUUUGGCGCAAGCCGUUGCCCAAUUGCAAGCAACACAAAUUCGGAUCAGAUGCCUAUCUGGAGUGCCAUGUGCGUACCAUAUCGAUGACCAUUUAUCAUCCCUGUGGCACAGCCAAAAUGGGUCCCGCCUGGGAUCCCGAGGCUGUUGUCGAUCCACGCCUUCGGGUCUAUGGUGUCCGAGGAUUACGCGUUAUCGAUGCCAGCAUUAUGCCGACCAUAAGCAGUGGCAACACAAAUGCCCCAGUCAUUAUGAUUGCCGAAAAAGGCGCCGAUCUCAUUAAGGAGGAUUGGCUCAAGAAUCCAGAAUACAAAAUUAAACGGAGCCAUGAUACUGGAACAGCGGAGAGUACGACAAAAACUAUAAUAAGUAUCACAAAUAGUAGUGACAGCAGCAGCAGCGACAAUUUCGAUAGUUAG